UGCCAACAAUUCUUCUCGAAAGAAAAAUCUUUUCUUUUUUGUUGGUAAUUUCGACAUUCUUUUUCCUCAUAAUAAUUUCACAAAUUUUUAAGAAGCUCAAGAAGAAGAAGGAAUUAAAUAUUCGUGGCAUUUCUCAUACUCUAUCAGCUGUUCACACAUAACAAAGAAACGUGAAGAAGAAUUUGAUUAGCAACAAUUUGGAGUUGAAACCUUUAAAGAAAGCUUUAUUCUUGUUGGAAAAUCUACAUUGAUAUGCCACGCAAGCGUCAUACUGCAAAGAAACUUCCUUGAAAUUCCAACGCUUUGAUAAGCAAGAAAAAAAAACUAAAACCAAUUAAUAGAAAGUCUUUCAAUCACUUAACAGAAUUAAAGACCGUAGAUUGAUUUAAUAAUUAAAAAUAAUAAUAACAAUAAUAAUACACAUGACACAAUUUGAUAAAUUAUUAAAAUUGCAUCAAAACAACAACGACAAGUUCAGCAGUCUAAUGCCAACGCCAAUUUCAUCGGGUGACAAAAGCGAGAAUCAAAUAGUCAGUGUAUAAAAAAAAGGAGAAGAUUCAAAGAGUUUUGUGAAGCGGGACGGAAAGUUGAAAAAAGUGUUUAACACAAAAAUGUAACUGAUUAAAUCCAGAUCGAUACGUUAUUCUGAAAAAAUAACUAUCGAUAAUAUAAGAAAAGGAGGAGAAAGAAUCAAUUUCUCUCAAAAUUUUGUUUGAUUGACGAAAGAACUCAAAUAGCUUGAUUAAUUUAUAAGUGAUAAAAGUGAUAACGCUCAUUAAGGAAAGAACGUCGACAAAUUAAUUUCCAUUUACCUUCUUUUUUUUUGUUAUUCUCUACGAGAAUCGACCAAACACAAAAAAAAAACCAAGAAGAAUUUAAAAAUUUGAAUGAUAAGAUAAGGAAAUUAACUUUAGGAACAAAACGAAUCAAACAAUUUUUUUUUUUGUUAAUUUUAAUUUCAUCGAUAAGUUUUAAGUUAAUUAACUAGUAUAAAACACCCAUCCUCAAAGCAAACACAUAUAACAAUUAGUUUACCAAUCACUCACGAAAGUUGUAAAUCUGCAAGCAUGACAAACAUUCAUAUGAUUAAUGAGCUUAAUAACAAUUCAAUUUUUGCCGGAAAUGGCAAGAAGAAAGUCCAAUUGCCUGACUCUGUAGUCGAUAAUCGAAAAGAUAUUGGAAGAAUUCCAGGCUUGUACAAGAAUGAUGACAAUAUUUUCACGAUUUAUGGAAAUUCUGGUGAUGAUGAUAAAUUAUCAGUUUUACCGGCAUCAACAACUGGCUCGUUAAGCUCAAUUACAACGACUUCUUUAGUUUCAGAAAAGGAUCUCGCAGGUGGUGGAAGUAGUGAUGGAGGAGCGAGUGAACGAGGUGAUGAUAAAGGGGAGAAGCAGUUAAUUGGAAUUCAGCAUGAAAAGUGGUGGCAAACCACGAUUCAAGUGUCUAUUCCAUUCUUUAUUGCUGGAAUCGGAACCAUCGGAGCAGGUAUCAUUCUAGGAAGAGUUGAGCACUGGGAAGUUUUUCGUCAUAUUCCGCAACUAUUUAUUCUUGUUCCUGCAUUAUUGGGUUUAAAAGGAAAUUUGGACAUGACACUAGCAUCUCGACUAUCAACACAGGCUAAUUUGGGAAAUAUGUCAUCAGGAAAGGAAAUCGUACAUAUGGUCGUGGGAAAUAUUGCUCUGGUACAAGUUCAGGCGACUGUGGCUGCAUUUAUAGUUUCUAUAUUUUCAAUGGGUGUUGGAACGGCAACAAAUGGUGGACAUUUUGAUUUUGAUCAUGCACUUCUUCUAACGUCAUCUGCAAUGUUUACAGCGACAUCGUCUUGUUUUGUCUUAGAUUUUGUUUUAGUAGCUGUGAUUUUACUAUCAAAUAAAUAUAAAGUGAAUCCUGAUAAUAUGGCAACUCCACUAGCUGCGUCGAUUGGAGAUCUCGUUUCUAUCGCGAUGCUCAGUUUUAUCACAUCAAUUCUUUUUGCUAAUUUGGACACAGCAUUAUGGAUAACUUAUAUCGUGAUUGGUUGCUAUUUCCUAUUGUUACCUUUCUGGAUAAUGUUAGUAUUACGUAAUCGAUAUACACGACCAGUAUUAAAAAAUGGAUGGGUUCCUGUUUUAUCAGCAUUGUUCAUCAGCGGAAUGGGUGGACUAGUGUUGGAGCAAGCAGUCGACAACUUCAGUGGAUUUGUUGUGUUCCAGCCAAUCAUCAAUGGAAUUGGUGGUAAUUUGGUAUCUGUACAAGCGAGUAAAAUAUCAACGAUGCUUCAUCAAAGCUCACUUCUUGGAAUCGUUCCUCCACAUACAAAAAUUUUCGAAAUGCCUUGGCGAGCAUUGUUCCAUGGAACUCCAUAUUCAAAGACAGCCCGCAUUCUCAUUUUAAUGUCAAUUCCGGGUCAGGUGCUGUUCAUAUUUAUAGCCGAUUAUAUUCACAUGUCUUCGUCUACAAUUGGUGUCCCGUUUGUACUCUCAUAUUCAACAGUUAGCUUAAUUCAGAUAAUGUUACUUCUCUUUAUUGCACACGUUAUGAUACAUGCAAUGUGGAGGUUUAAGAUUGAUCCUGACAGUUCGUCAAUCCCGUAUUUAACGGCACUCGGCGAUCUGUUUGGCUCCAGUCUUUUGCUGCUUGCAUUUAUGUUCUUACGACAUAUUGGGCACGAGUAUGAAGAAAGACCUGCUCCAAUGUUGGAUGAUUUCCUGUCAACAAUUAAUCCUUUUACUGAUUCUUCAAUCUAAAUUCUAAGUUCCUUUAAACAUUUAAAUUACCUUUCUUUCCUGCUUAAUCGUUGAAAGAAGAUUGGUCAUGCUACAAUGUCUUUCCAUUAAUUAUUUUUUUUUUUCAAAUUUUUGAAAACCGUUACGUAUUUUAAAAUUCAAAAAGGUGUUGAUCGAGAUUUUAUGUUAUUGGAAACUUAUAUCUUCGGAAAUUGACGAAAUUUCGACCUUUUGAACCACAUUUAAGUUGAUACUCAACUGAGAUAUUUUCAAUGAAAAUGCCUUUUUUGUUCAAGAACAAGUUUUAAUAUUCAAAUAAAAAGUACCAAGAUUUUAUUAAAGUCCCUACAAAAUGGAAAGACAUUAGUUCCGAUUGUAUUGCUGACGUAAUUAAUCAAGUUAAUUGUAGAUAAUAUAUUAUGAAAACUUACUAUUGAGAGCAUUUAGACGCCGAAAACCCAAACAAAACAGAAAUAUCGAAGCAAUUUUAUGCAUAAACAACUAUCAAUGAUGACGGAAUAUGUGUCCUUAGCGAGAAAAAAAGUUACUUGUAUGUAAAUUGAUUGAUUGAAAAGUUUACAGAUUUUUAUUUUUCAUUUUCUUGAACUUCUUGUCUUCUGUCCUCUCAAAAAUUGAUGAUGAAUGCUACCUAUGCAGUAUAAAAUGUUCUGCUCGGGCUACUUAACUUGGCAUUCGUCUGUUUAGUACACAAUUAAAAGGCCAAAGUUCUAAUAAGUGAAUUAAGAACACUUGUUUUUUAUAAAUGAUAUUAAAUAUUUUAAGAGAACAUUUAUGUUUCAUGUCUCCUUGUUCUCUUCCCUUUAGCAUUAUUAAGGAUGUAUUUUUUUCUUUGACUUUUCUUUUAUCACACGUGGUCAGUCAGCGUAUCCAGAAAUUCUUCAUUUAUAACGGUUUUUGAGAAUUCAAAUCUUCGUUUAAAAUUCAAAUUUAAAAAGUUCGUUAAAAUUCAACUUUGAAAAACAAAACGCUCCUAAUUGGAUAUGCCCUGGCUUAAUCUGUGUUUGUAACGCAAUAUCCAGUGAUUUAUAUUUUAAGUUAGCCUCUUGAAACCUUGAAAAGGAAAGAAUUUGUAUAAAAAAUAAUGUACUAUUGAUAAUUUUUGAGAAAAAAAGUGCCGAGAAUAUUUGACUUUAGUUUGUACAACUUACUUUUCAUUUAAUUAUAAUUUAUGAGAAUUGGA